AAGGCGUUCGGCAAGGAAAUUCAGGCGCUCGUUAGACAGCUACUGCAACACUCUAAGGUCCUUUCCUAUUACAGGCUUGGAAAAUACGUCAUCAUUCCUCUCCGGGCAUGCUGGCUGAAAACGUGUCUACUGUGAUCGCGUUGCUGGAUUAAUAUUUCGCAGAAUUGUUGUCGAUCUCGAACAGCUGUGAAAGAUGGAGUACAUUCAAACUCCAGCAACAAGCAGCCAGGGAAACAUUUUGUGCUGUACCUGUGGUAUCCCCAUUCCUCCGAAUCCAGCCAACAUGUGUGUGUCCUGUCUGAGAACCCAGGUGGAUAUCUCAGAGGGGAUUCCCAAGCAAGUCUCCGUUCACUUCUGCAAACAGUGUGAACGAUACUUGCAGCCUCCAGGCACCUGGGUUCAGUGUGCAUUGGAGUCCAGGGAACUACUUGCCCUCUGUCUCAAGAAACUGAAAGGAUCAAUGAGCAAGGUGAGGCUGAUAGACGCUGGAUUCUUGUGGACAGAGCCUCAUUCCAAAAGAAUAAAAAUGAAACUGACCAUUCAGAAAGAGGUGUUGAACGGAGCCAUCCUCCAACAAGUAUUUGUCGUGGAAUUUGUCGUUCAGCCACAGAUGUGUGACGACUGUCACCGGGUGGAAGCUAAAGAUUUCUGGAAGGCAGUCGUGCAAGUCAGGCAGAAGACUGUUCACAAGAAAACGUUUUUCUACUUGGAGCAGUUGAUCCUGAAGCACAAGCUCCAUCAGAACACACUGAGGAUUAAGGAGAUCCACGAGGGCAUUGAUUUCUAUUACGGCUCUAAGCAGCAUGCUCAGAAAAUGGUCGAUUUCCUUCAGUGCACAGUUCCUUGCAGGUCCAAAGCCUCCCAGCGGCUGAUCUCUCACGACGUCCACUCCAACUCCUACAACUACAAAAGCACCUUCUCGGUGGAGAUCGUACCCGUCUGCAAGGACAGCGUGGUAUGUCUGUCCCCAAGGCUGGCUCAGAGUCUGGGGAACAUGGGGCAGAUUUGUGUCUGCAUCCGGGUCACGAGCACCAUCCACCUCAUCGACCCAAACACCCUGCAGAUCGCCGAGGUGGAUGGAAGCACGUACUGGCGUCACCCCUUCAACAGCCUCUGUAGCCCCCGGCAACUGGAGGAGUUCAUCGUCAUGGAUAUGGACAUCAUCAGGGAUCAGAAGCUUGGAGCUGGAGCUGGUCUCAGAUCUAACAGGCAUACCCUGGCAGAAGUGUGGGUCCAGAAGACAUCAGAAAUGGACACCAGCCAACAGUAUCACUGCCGCACUUACCUGGGUCACCUGCUCAACAUAGGUGACCUGGUGUUGGGCUUUGAUUUCGCCAAUGCCAACAUUAAUGAUGAGUUCCUCAACAAGAUGAACCCUCACCACGUUCCUGAUGUGGUUCUGAUAAAGAAGAGCUAUGACCGGGCUAAGAGAGUGAAGUCCAGGUACUGGAAACUGAAGGAACUGGAAAGAGAGAGAGAGGGCAUGGACACAGACGAUGAAAGACAAUAUCAGGACUUCCUAGAGGACCUGGAGGAAGAUGAAGCACUGAGGAAGAAUGUGAACAUCUUCAGAGACGCCUCUAAAAUCCCCGUGGAGAGCGACACGGACGACGAGGGCGCCCCGCGGAUCUCCCUGGUGGAGAUGCUGGAGGACCUGAGCCUGAACGACGCCACGGGGGGAGAGGGGGCCGACAUGAUGACGGAUUAGAUCGGUCAGACCUGCCCACGGCAAAGACGCCAUCAGAGAGAAAUGAUCCCCGUUUGUUUUUGUGACUGCUCUCCAAACGCUGUCUCGGCGGACUCACUGUUUACUGCAAUAUGACUCACCCGCUCGGUGAGUUUUAGACAUCAGCUCCCCGUGUGUAGAAUACUGAAGACAGUACACUUCUCCCUGUCACAUUGUGGGAGGAAAAAAGACAGUUAAUGAGCUGUUGUUAAGAGAGAGUUGAAACUCUAUUUAACAUUUUCUCCUGUUUCACCUGUAUGCCCUUAUGACCAGAUCAGGCUACAAAUAGAGUGAUUGAAGUGUGUAAGUGGGACUGUGUGGCAUUGCAAAAGGUCUAAUACAAAUAAACUAUAUCAUAUGAACCAA